UGCAAGGACUGAGCAUAUCUGGGAACGCUUGAGAAGCACGUCCCCCGAGACUCCCCCGGCCAAAAUCACUCGUCUAACCUCUCCCCUGUCCUCCUCGCCCUCCUCCGCACCCCUCCCUUCCGAGAAGAUCUCCCAUCGAAGCCACAGGAUCCGUAACCUCGCAAUGGACGGUAUGGACAACAAACCGGUGCUGAACGACGAUCCCUCGGUCACCCUGACCAUCCGGCUGAUUAUGCAGGGGAAGGAAGUCGGCAGCAUUAUCGGGAAAAAAGGAGAGAUUGUCAAGAGGUUCCGCGAAGAGUCCGGCGCGAAGAUCAAUAUCUCUGACGGUUCCUGUCCGGAGCGGAUAGUGACUGUCACCGGACCAACCAACUCGAUCUUCAAGGCGUUCACGCUGAUAUGCAAGAAAUUCGAGGAAUGGUGCUCUCAGUUCCACGACAUUCAGGGCGGUGGUGCUGGUGGCGGUGGCGGCGUUUCGAGGCCGCCCAUCACGCUCAGACUGAUCGUGCCAGCCUCACAGUGCGGCUCCCUCAUCGGCAAGGGCGGCUCCAAGAUCAAGGAGAUCCGCGAGGUCACUGGUGCCUCCAUCCAGGUCGCAUCCGAGAUGUUACCGAAUUCUACGGAACGUGCAGUAACCAUAUCCGGUACCAGCGAGGCGAUUACGCAGUGCAUAUAUCAUAUCUGCUGCGUUAUGCUAGAGUCCCCUCCCAAAGGUGCCACGAUCCCUUAUCGCCCCAAACCCCAAGUCGGUGGGCCAGUGAUCCUGGCUGGUGGGCAAGCCUACACCAUCCAGGGUAAUUACGCGGUGCCCGCCCACUCGGACAUGGGCAAGCUGGGAAGUAACCCUCUUGCUGGCUUGGCAGCAUUGGGCCUCGGAGGACUGGCUACACCGGCGAAUACUGGAGGUCUUAAUCCAGCAGCAUUGGCAGCGCUGGCGGGCAGCCAGCUCCGUACGAGCAAUACGAACCGACAGCAACCGGCGGCGAACAAUCAGACGCACGAGAUGACCGUGCCAAACGAGCUGAUCGGUUGCAUCAUCGGCAAGGGCGGCACCAAGAUCGCAGAGAUCCGUCAGAUCUCCGGCGCCAUGAUCCGGAUCAGCAACUGCGAGGAGAGGGAAGGCGGAGCGACGGAUCGCACUAUCACCAUAACUGGGAAUCCGGACGCUGUAGCGUUGGCGCAGUAUCUCAUCAACAUGAGGAUAUCGAUGGAGACGUCGGGGGUGCCUAUGCCCGCGUAUCACUUCAUCCCGCCGGACCACAUCGUGAAAUCGCCCAUCCACUAAACGUGGGUCAGUCGUCGUGGUCGUUAUCGUCGUUCGAAAGGACGCGAAUGGGGCAUCGCGGAGCGCGCGAAGCUGUCAAGUGGCAUCUGGGGCUGGGCCACACACUGUGUUCAACCAGCUUGCUAAUCGACACAUAUAUACAUACACACACACACACAUACAUACACACACAUACACUGAGUCAUAUACACCCACUCGUAAGAAAGAGAGAAAGUAGGAGAGAGGAAGAAGAUAUUACACGACGGUGAGAAGGAAAAAGAGAGAGAGAAAGAGACACACACACACAACUCACGUUAAGCACACUCGCACGUACUCGAAGAGAAAGAGGAAGAAGAGGAAGGAGUCUACUUCGUGCGCGCUUUAAGAUAAGACGUGUACGUUAAAAUUGGACACGCGCAUUCACAAACAAGGACAUUGACACGAACACACAAAUCCAUGCACACACACACACACACACACACACACACACACACACACACACACACACACACACAUAUGAAUGCACACAUAACUCCCUGAUUGGGAUUAUACACGGAGAGACGAAGAAGAUACGCACGCGCGUACACGGACACACUCGAGUGUACAAAACUGUACAAAAGUUAUUUAAACAAAAGUAAAAAAAAAUAAUGAUGCACGCCGCAGCCGCAGGCUGCCGCCGAUUGGUAAAGGGAACAAGCCAAAGAUACGUUAGUUUUCAUUUUUAUAUUUAAACGAGAAAAAAAAGUGAGACGUGGGAGAGAAAUACGCGAGAGAAUUAUUAUUAUUAAUUAUUAACUAUUAUACGAACGAUGAUGAUGAUGAUGAUGAUAAUGAUGAAGAAAGAGAAGAUGAUUUUGAUGAGAUGAUGAUAAUAAUGAUGAUCAUAAUGAGAUGAUGAAAAAGAAGAAGAAGAAGGUAAUGAGAUGAUGAUAGAAAUAUGAAGAUGAUGAUGAUGAAGAUGAUGACGACGAUAAUGAAGAAGAUAAAGCUAAUAAUGACGAUGCUAAUUAAUAUUAGGCCGGUUGUUAGCGUUUUUUCUAUUGCGGACACACCAUCGCGUAUGACGACGAUGAUCGUUCGCGAACGGGUUCGCGAGCUUGGUUACUUCGUCCGAAAGAAGCGUGACGGAAAUGCAGCUAGUAUCACAAGACCGUUGUUGUUCGUAAAAGAAACUGGCAGCCGACGGGUUCAACGCGAACAUCAGACGUUGCCGUACAAAAUUACACACAGAAUUUGUACGAUGUGAGCAGAUUUAAGGUGUGAGUCACACAAGGCUCGAAUGCACCUUCGUCAUUUUUAAGAAUAUGCUUUGAAGGAUCUAUCGAUCAUCCCGUUUUAUGUUGUCAAAAGAAAAGAAGUGAAAAGACCAAGUUGCCCGUCGUGAAUCCUAGCUGAUCCCCGACCUGUGUUUCUAAACUUGACCAAUUCAAGGAAUUCCUUUCCGUGAAACUUCAGGUGGGAAACGUCUGGUGCUCGCGUGCGAACUCUUCGAGCCAUCUGCUCUCGGACCAGCAACCCUGGAUUCUCGAGACCCAGGACGGCGAGGCGUUCUCGCAGAGCCAGGGUCUCAUACUCAAAAUCUCUCGACCGCGUGGUCGCACGAGCGCGCCCCACAUUGGCGUAUCCGCCGAACGCGCGAACAACCAAAGGGGGACGCGCUGGGGCGUCUCAACUUCGACUUCACACGGGCGGUUCUUCUUCAUGUGCCCCCUCACAUAUCUCGGCCACGUGGCCCCUCGCGUCCCACGCCGCCGAUCUCGAUCGCAUGGUGAUGUUCCCCACCCCGCGUGUCCCAUAUCUCGACCUCCAUUAUAGGUGGUCUCUCGUGUCCCAUCAGCGCGCCUCUGCAGCCGGUCUUAAGAUGCUACGAGGUUCGAAGGGGAAGCGUAGGCGCGGUUGAAGCCUCGUGGCCGACCGCCGGGGAAAUAACGAAGGUCGCGAGUGCGAGUAUCAUAUUGCGAUCACCGUCAUGCGCGCGUGCGCGCGCGCAGAGGGAAAGUAACAAUUAAUAGUCGCGCGCGGUAAUUAAUGAAUCAAUUGAUCACGUAGUUGUGUAGCUUUUGCAUGUGGAUCUUGAACUCCGAAAUCUGCCGGUGAGAUGGAUGAUAGAAGAAGCAGAGGGAGAGAGAGAGAGAGAGAAGAAAAAGAGAAACACGAAAAGACUCAUUCUUUUCUUUUCUUUUGAUAGAGGGGAGAAAAAAGAAAUGACUGCACGGACGUUCGCGGCCCGUGUCGCUCACCCGGCGCUUCCGGAAGUCGCGAGGUCGGAAACGCGCGAAGGGACGAACGAGCGGUCGCGCGCGGACGUUCUAAGGCGCGGCUCCCCGGCGCCGUUCCACAUCUCCCUCGUCGGCGAACUCGACGACGCGUCAGGUCGGGAUCUAGCGACGCUGGGCGUCGAGGUGCGUCGACGGUGUUCAAGCCGAACAGAAAAUCACUAUGACGUCAAUAUGAUGAAUCGUGAUUAAAAAGUGAAUUUUUUUUUUUAGUCAUUUUCUUGUCAUUAUCGUGAUUUACGUUAUCGUGAUUUUUUUGUUCCGCCUGAGAUGGACAUCGAGGAGGCGGCGGCGGCGCCGGGCGUGUGCGCACUUCUGUUGAAGGAACAAAUAAAAUUAUUACGUGGAAUAUAAAUAAUGAUAUAUAUAUUAUAUAUAUAUACAUAAUAUAUAUAUAUAUUUAUUAUACGAUAAAGACAAUUAGAGGAGAUAAAAUAGCGAUGAGAGAGAAGGUGCGCGAGCUCAAGCCCAGACUUGAUCAAAGAGAGAGAGGCGUCCUCUCCUUUCUUCAUCCUCCGCUUUUCAGCUUCCCGUUUCAGACUUAUACCCUAUCUACCUUCCUCUCCGUUUUUAACGCCGUUACUUGCAGUUCGGAGAUCGCUCGCCCCCUGCCUCGAGAACGGUGAUAAGAUGUGUGUCUGUUUUUCCUCUUUCUAUUUCUUAUUUUUUUUAAUCGUUUUUAGCAUUACACGCGCGUCAACAACAACGUUCUUCCUUGUUAUAUUCGCCGCGUAAUUGUUACCGCGUUCUCUCUUCGUUCGUGUACGACUUGUAGUGCGUGUAUGUGUAUAUAUAUAUACAUACAUACACACAUACAUACAUACAAAACGUCGUUACACACAUAUCGUUGGUAUUUAAUGAAAUUAUUAUAUUUCAAUCGGAAGAGAAACGGCAUUGUGCAAGGUCUCCUUUGAGAUUACUUUAUUUCGUAUUUAAGCAUUUGUUGAUGUAUUUUAGUGCGCAAACAAAAUAAUUUAUUUUUCGGAACCAUGUGUGGUACUAUCAUUAUUUUCUUUUUUGUUUGUUUUUAUCGCGUUUAUAUUGGUUCAACUUACCGGGAAGCGAAAAUUUCCGAUAGAAGCGGAAAUAAUUCCAAUCACAGGGAAUUAUUAUUAUUAUUAAAUUAAAUAGAGGGAGAAUCGUGCCGAGAUGUACGGCAAUAAUGGUAGCUAAAUUGUCGGAUUCCAUUGUUAGUUGUAAAUUCACGCCAAUGUGAUUGGCGAGCGGCGCGAUCCUACUGGCUCGCGACGUUAUCCUGUACCGUUCACUUCCAUUGUGUGCCAAACGUAUAAAUUAAAAAGAAAAAAAAAAAAAGAGAACGUGAAGAGAAAGCGUUCGCGUUAGAGAGAAGGGGAAAACGGAAACGUUAGUCUGUGCUUCCGGCGUAAGCUCAAUCAAUUAAAUUCUCGGUCUUCGCGCGUAAAUGCCGGCUUUUCUACGUCUUUCUCCGUUGCGUAAAGAAAAAGAAAGGAAGAAAAUCACCCUCGACUUUUCAACGUUGACUAUUUGAUUUCAACGCGUACACUCGCCAUCCUUCCCGAACGAGACGAAAGUGUUGCCUGCGUGACGUACUACGAUAAAAUUUCAUAUCGCGAGUUCGCGGAGUCGUCGUUCUCUCAAAGUGAAUCAGUAAGAGUACCUGCGAGUGAGUCAGCGGAAGGAGCACUUCACCGAUGAAUAUACUCAUUGAUUUAGUUACAUCGAAACGACUUUCAUUAGACGUUUCUGAAGGGAUCUGCGCUAAUGGUUUAACGUGCAUUCGAGAACCCUGCAAGACCAUUUUAUCGGGUGUGCCGCCACUACUGACUGACUCUCGCGGCGAGACUACUGAUCGCAAUGCUAUACUUCCAAGCUGAAGCAUCAAUUGUAAGUAUAGUACAUGCAGUGAGGAGUACGCUGAUCGUACUUUAAGAGAGCGCUUUACCCCUGGCCUACAUUCGGUGAUUUUAAGACUUAAGCCUUAAAAAUUGACCAAUCACAGUCGACUGUUAUAAGAAUGAUCCAAUAGGAUUAGUCAAUUUUUAAGGCUUAAGUCUUAAAUCAUUGAAUGUAGACCAGGGGUUACCCGCGAAACGUCACGUUUCGCAUUUUCGUCAUGGUCGUCACGGCAUGCUUUACGGUGCUCGCGCCUCUUUUCGCGACGUGAGAUCGUCUCUCCUUGUAAAUAUGAUUUACGCACGUUGUACAUACUUAUUAGUUGCGGGGCGUGUCGCGCCGUUCACACAACCGGCGGGUCUUUUUCGGUCGAGAAUCUCUAGCGUCUUGACAUCUCGUGUCUCGGGCAUACACACAUCCGCGACUUCAUCAACUUUUAUUUAUUGCAUCGACGUACCUAGCUCAUCACGAUUUCGCGUUUGGCUUAACGUCGCUUCGUUCUCCGAGUGAAUGAGCCGCGAGCGGCCAGCCACCUCUGCCCCGCGUACAACGGCACGAGCGUUCGUUUUGCUCAAAGGGUGCAGGUUGUGUUGUUAAAAGUGGUAUUCGAUCGUGUGUUGGGGGAGGUCCUGACAUUCCCUGACGAGUCUUCGAGAAGUAACGAAAUUCCGAAGACAGUCUCGUUCGUGUCGCGACUUUUCAUAGAUCUCUUCACCAUGUGCGAGCGUCCAAUUAGAAAUUCUAUUAAAGCGUGGAGUUUUUAUACGUGAAAUUAUUUAUUUAUUUAUUUAUUUACUCGUGAUUCGGCGUUGAGAGAGAGAGAGAGAGAGAGAGAGAGAGAGAGAGAGAGAGAUUCUUUAUUGUUACUUAGACACGUGAGGAUCGUUGCCUGCACCGAGAGUUCUCGUGCUUUUUAAAUUUUUGUUAUUUCGUUGGUGUCGCAAGAGAGAAGGAGAUAAUUGUGUAUAUACGCCACUACCACGUUUCACAACGCAGUCUGCUGUAUGCGUCUCGCGAGAAAAAGGAAAGGGAAAGGGUUUCGCGCGGAUCCGAUGCGUGUUCGCGCUUGGAUCGAUAUGUGCGCGCCCUUUGAGAGCGCAUGAUCGAUGCACGAUCGGCCGCGAGAGUCACGUUGUCGAUGACUCGUUCCCGAAUUGGGUUUCCCGGGAAAGAAACCUGAUCUUGCUUUUCUUUUGUAUUUAUAUAAUUAUUUAUACACACACACACACACACACUUCCACUUUCACACACACACACACACAUACCCACGCUCACGUAUAUAAACACAUGUCAUUGUGGAAGAUUAUUUGUUAUUAUACGUUUCGAGAAAGAAAGAAGAAGCAGUAUUUCUCUCUUUUCUACAAUCGUGGCAACAAGGCACUCCUCUUAAAUUUUCUCCACCACUUUGAUCCCUUAGCCCAGCGCCCGCUCCCUUGCUCCUUCCAUCUACCCCUCCCCCCCUGCCACCAUUACCAACACCCCCGAUCUUCCCGGUAUCCCUCCACCGAUGGAUAAGACGAUGACGGCGUACAGUAGUAAUUAUAAGAGAAACAGUUAAAAAAAAACAGUAAAACGCGAGACGAGCGACGCGCAGCAUCGUUCGAGCGAGAAAUAGCCUCUGCUAAAAAGUCGACAAAAAAAAAAUAAUAAUGAUGGAAAUAACAAUUAGUGAGAGACGCUGUAUGAUUGUGUAUAUCAACAAUAAAUAAUUGCUGUGAUUAGAAUCGAUUAUUAGUAAGUAGUUAAGGAUCAAUUUUUAAGGCACAUUGCGGAGAGAGUGGGAGAGAGAGUGUGCGAGAAAGAGAAAAAGGAGUACUUAGUAUCGAAAAUAUGAUUAGAGAAAGAGCGAGAGUGUGUGCGAGAGAAAGAAAGAUGGAAAAAUGAGGAGAGAGAGAGAGAGAGAGAGAGAGAGAGAGAGAGAGAGAUUCUGAAUGCGUGAGUGUAUAUAAUGAGCGUUUACGAGCGCGAGAGAGACAAAGAGAAAGAGAGAGGAGAGACACGACAAGCAGGGGAACCUUGAAAAGCCGCGUUUUGAUCGGCGAUAAGACAACACGUGCGCGCGUGCGUAUAAAUACCCUCUCAAAUCGUCGACAACGGCGUUAACAUACAUUAUCCGAGCACGAUCGCUCCUGAAAACGAGGAAAAAACAAAAAAAAAAUAUAUAUAUACAUAUAUAUCGAAACGCGAUCCGAUCGGAAGAUGUUUCAUCUCGGAACAGGAUAAAAAAAGAGACCAAAAACAAAACAGAAAAAAUAACGUUACCGGAAAAAAAAAACGCGGAAGACGAUUGGUGCACGCGUUUACGUAGGAUUACGAGAAUCACGAUCUUCCCAUUCGAAAAAUGCGUCUCUUGAUUAUAUUUAUUUCCUUUCAGUACGCCGAAUCAAAUACAGACGUUCAAUGUGAAGGAGGUCUGAUCUCGUCAUUUCCGUUCGAUCCGUUUCGAGUGUCGGGACUUUGCGAGAUUUGGUGUUUCGCGUCACUCUAAGAGUGGCGCAACGGAAUUCCGCGAGUUACGUCUGAUCGUUUGACAUACCGCGAGAAGAACAUCUGAGAAAUAAGAGAUAUAUGUUCGCGGUGGACAGUAACAUACUUAUUUAAAACUAAAAAUUCCCUAAAUUUUCUCAUUUAAAUAGAAUAGAUUGCUUUUCUUGAAAAGUUUCGAGAAAAUGUAUAUUUUUGAGAAAAAAAUGUUUCUUCUAUAUAAAUAUACAUUAUUAUAAGUAAACAUAUUAUUAGUUUCCAUGAAUAGAUAUUUUUCAUAUUUUUCCGAUAUUUCUUCUCUCUAAUCAUCACGAAACGAUCGCCCACGCGACUUCGGCGGCCAGUUUGCGCGGAAUCCGUUCUUAGCCGAUAAUUUUCUGGUUGCCACGCACUGAGAGAAAAAAUGCCUGAAAAAUAAGAAGUAUUUAUUCGGUGGUGGGGACACAUCCACUUAAAUAUCCAAUUCUUUUAUUUAAACGGAACACGCGAUUGCUUUCAUGAAAAGUUGAGAUUUCAUGAGGUUUCAUGAGGUUUUAGAAAAAUGUGUAUCUUCUUUGAAAAAUGUUUUGUAUCUGUAUAAAAGAUACUUUAUUUAGGAUGUGUAUGUGCGCGUGUGUGUAAAAGUAAUAUAGUGAAUAUAUUAUUGGUACCCACACCGAAUAAACAUUUUUUAUCUCUCAGAUAUUUGUCCUCUCAGUACACACACACACACACACACACAUAUACACCGCAGCAUCGUCGAUCCGAGGAUGACUCUUGUCGCGCCGACAUAUUCCAGAAGCAUAUCCAGUGACACAUAUGACUAGGCUACGAGUAAUUAAUGGCACUUUCGGGCCCCGAAGCGUAGACCACAGCCUGCAACCAUUUAUUCAGGCGUGUAUUAUCACUCGGAAAUUGGCGAAUUGUAAUAUAUACCACCGAGCGCCCUAUGUGCAGACACUUCGAUUCGAUCGGUGUAGAUUCUAGUGAUAACCGUUAUGAUAUCGUUAUGAUGUCGCAUAUAAUAGCCCGUGCUGCGCGGAACACACGGGAUAAAGAGGGGACAACGGGAUACCGCAGUGGUGUUACGUGCGCCUUGCACGCGCUGUAAUUCGCCGCGGGACUCGGGAUGCAGUUCUAUUUCUGCGUGCGAAGAGACAUUUGGGGGAUCACAUUAUCGUGGUUAUUACGAAUUCAUGGACACGUACGAAUGCACACACGCAUCCACAGGUCUUCGAGCGUGCUCCUGGCUCGCGUAAAAUUUGCACACAAAACUUGCUGUAGAAGCAUCUUGUACGCGAGGAAGACACUCGAGGAAUCGGCAUCUUGCUCUUCCAAGCGCGUAGAUGCGUGUAAUUUCAGACGCGCGGGCGAGCCAAGUUCCAUUCUGGAGUUCUGGGGUGAGAAAAACGUGAGAAAAACUCUCACGAGGAACCGGAAUUUGUUUGCGCGCGAGUUUCUGAACGUUUUUCCCGCGUUGGUGCGUAAAGAGCGUAAAUUCCGUCCCGAGUCUCGUCGCACUUCUCAGUCGCGCGCUCAAGCAGGGUCCACGAGGAGACCGUGGGACACGGCGGAUUGUAUAUCCUUCGAGAUCUCCGUUGUUGACCGACAUUGAUUAGCGCUAAUCGCAGUUAACAGUAUCCGCUUUCUGUAUCGUAGAUAGAGACGCGAUCCAGGCAGAGGAAUACCUGAGAAUAUCGAUUGAUCGUUGACGUCGCGGCCGGUUGUGUCGAAAAUCCGAACGAGAAGCAGAGGCGAGAGAAAUGGGGGGAAUGCCACCUUCGGUACCCAGAUAGACUUCCGUGAUUAUCACGAAACAAUUAUAAUUAUCGAGGAAAUCCACUGUAUCAAAUUGGUCAUCACAUUUACAUCGAGCAAUAAUGUAAAUUCUUUGCUGAUGUGCAGCAACAAAUUGACCAAAAGUUGCAUUCAGAUUUUCAUGUCAUAUUGUGUUUCUGAUCUGACGUUAUCAUAUCUUUCAAGCAGGGUUAGAACAUUCUCCUUUCGGUUUUAAAAGAAUCCUCUUGAUAAGAAUAAUAAAAUCCGCUCGGAUUCAAAGGACUCCACUGAGAACGAGAUUAUACUUUUCGGGUAAAUAUAACCUUUGCACGGCGACUAGCAGAUUGGCGUACACAUCUGUCUGUCUGGGUGCCAAUUUAUUAUUUUCUCGCGCGCGAUGAGAAACGAAAGGUAGGAAGACAACGCGCGAUCGUCGAAGAUCUUCCUGGGUUGAAUCGGAUCCUAGACACACGGCCCUUCCCACCUCUCCCAACCUCGUCACGUUAAGAAGACACACUUGAGUUAGCGAAAGGAAAAGAGACGAAAAUGUUGGACGGCAAAACGCGAGAUCGCAAGAAACGGCGAGCUCGAGAGAUCGGCUCGAUAUCGUUCCCGCGAAUGCGGCGUGUUGAACGAGAAGGGAGACGGGACGAGAGACGUGUGCGAACGUCCGCGUUGAUCACGAUCGUAUCGGCGUGGAGCAAUCUGUUUAAUGCAGGGGCCUUAUCCUUACUGCGUAGGUCCUCCUGUCGAGGGACUCGUCGCGUUCGCGAAUCGCGCUCGGCGAUCGCGCGUCACGUGUGCCGACCGUUUCACUCUUUCCUUCAGGAGAGGCGACGCGGCUCGCUCGUCUCUCUCUCCAGUUCGAGUAUCCUCGAGCACUCGGGUCAAGUACGAAAUUGACGACGGAUUAUGACGGUGUGACGCGCUCCCCACGGGUCCCCGUCGGGACGACGAGCGAUCGCGACGAUCCCCGCCGGGAGCCCGACCCUUACCAUUACGCAAGGCAAUCAGCUAAGAAAGAAACUUAGUUUUUAUAGGAGAUAUUGAGAAUCGCCUCUCGCGCCCUUUCCCCGGCGGGGCGCGAGCUCGAAGGGCACCUUUCCUCCUCGUAUCGCAGAGGGAAGAAAGAUCCAGCGCGGCCAAGCCGUCGCUCGCGAUCUCCUGACGCCGUGUAUCGUCCGAAAGGGUUGGAUCAGACAGACAGAUAGACAGACGGACGUGUCUGGUGGUGACUCCCGGGACUCCGUUCAUUUCCAAUUCCUCGAUCACAGCGCGAUCGCAAUUUUCAUUCGACUUACUCCUUCGUCCGAGGAGUCUUCGCCAGUCGAGCUAGCGAACUGAGAGAAUCGUGCGUGCUGGCUCGAACGCGUACAACGAGGAAGUGGCGAGCUAUCGGCUACGUGGCCGAAGUGUGUCACCGCUCGACGCGGUGCGUUCAGGUGCCAAAAGCAGAAUGAGAAAGGGUAGCGCAACGAGCAAGCAAGAAGAAUCGAUCGCGAAGAAUUCUCGAGUCGCCGAGCGGCUCUAUUCUGUGCCAAGUUACUCUAAACGCGUAACCGUCGCCGCCAGCGGCAUUCAGCACGUGUGCCAAAUCGUCGUUCGCUAAUUAAUCGUCGCCGCCGCCUGUUUCGGGCCCCCGAGCCCCCGCCCUGACGUAUCACCGAGGGUCGACGAGGUGCGCUCGUUCGCUUUCCCGAGCCUUUCUGAGCUUUUCUCGACGUGAGCCGUCUCAAUCGACGCGUUCAUCUCGCGACGGACUCGCGCGCGAGUCUCUCUCGAAGACAAACACACACACACGCACGUGGGUAUCGUAGAUUCGACUACUUCGGGGCUUCAUCGUAAUAAUAAUACGUAGAAAGAGAGAGAGAGAGAGAGAGAGAGAGAGAGAGAGAGAGGGGGUGUUUGAAACUUAGAGAACGGUCGACGGAAACAACCGAAUACGUUUCAGACAAUCAUCGAGGUGUUAACGUCGCUGAUAUUUUUAUAACGUAAUCUUCUUUCUUAUCGUUGUCGAUAUCUUAUAUGUAUAUGUGUGUGUAUAUAUAUAUGUAUAUGUACGAGAAAUCGCAGUGUAACUGCAUUCCUAGGGAAAAAGCGGGAUUCAAAUGUCGCUGAAAUGAGAGAGAAAGAGUGAAGGGGCGGGAGGGGGAGAGCUCCUGUAGUUCAACCCGUUUCUCGCGGGUCUUGAACGUUCUAAGCGCAUCUUGACGCAUCAAUAAAUCCGUGGAAUACAGACAGACGUUUGCGUCUCGAGAUAGGCCGGCUCUCGCGCACAUUUAUCAGGAUAUCGCGAUCCUGAGCGGCGCGUGAACGUUCGCGAAGUAUGGCGAUCUCGUCGAAUCGACGUCGAAACGUCAGGAAGGGCGCGCGAGCAAGCGGACUCUGAUCGUCGUUCCCCGCGGCGAGCGCAGCUCGUGUGUCGUGUGCAAACCAGCAAAAGAGACAGAGAAGUGACGGCACGAUGAGAAGCUGAAACGUGUUUUCUUUUACCGGUUGUGCGCGGCGAGAGCCCGACAUCGACUCGUGGAGCGCGCGAAUUGUGCAAACACGGGGAGCUGCUUUCUGCAGUUGCUGCGUGCUUCGCAAUACGCGGUAAAAGCGGGCGACUUGCGUUGUCUCACGGAGAUCGAACGGAGUCGAAGAUCUUUCGCUCUCGUUACUGUAAAAUUACUCCCCGUCGUCUUUUUCUUCUUCAUCUUCUUUUUUACCUCUUCUACUUCUUCAUCUUAUACUUCUUCAUCUUCUACUUUUUCAUCUUCUACUUCUCCAUCCCCUUCGUCGCUUCUAUUCGUCCUUCUUCUACUUCUUCCUCUUCCUUCUCCUCCUCUUGCUCUUUCUUCUCUUCGACAAUUAAUAGACUAACGUACCGACCUCGUGCGACUCUGUCUGUUGUUCGAUCUACAACAGAUUGUCGCCGAGGGCGAAAGUCUGAUCUCGAAGUUAAAAUAAAAAGAAAAAAAAUUGUGUGAGAGAUAGAGAGAUAGAAAACCGAAAUAUAAUCUUAUCUCGUAACUCGUCGUGAAGGUGUUCCUUUUUACGAGAAACGUAAGUCAUAUCAAUUAUCGAUGGAGAACAAUAAAUUUUAGAUAUCCCUUUCUUUGACGAGAAAAAAGUGUGUUCGUCAUGGAAGUAUUGUAUUUUCGUAGAAUAAAACGCGAGACUGUAUUGGAGGGAAAAAAGAGAAGAAGGAAAACAAAACUUUCUCGAGCUAUUCGACGACUGUUGCGCUAGAGAAAAAAAAAAAGUGUAUU